AUGACACCCGCCACCACAACCUCUCCUUCAAAUUACGCUUCAAAGUCGAUCGUUGAGCUCCGACCUGUCCCCCCAGCAGCACUCCGUGACUCAGGGAGACUACGGUCCGAAGACAGGUCCAAGAAUACCGACCCGGCUGAAUUUCUACCGCAGCCGUCUACAACUGUAUCAGUCGUUGAAAGAUGGAACAGCUCUAAGGUCAAUAUCUUUCGCACGGCAGCAACAUUGUUUGCGUUUGUAAUUAUGGGCGCUAACGAUGCAGCAUACGGCGCCAUCAUUCCAUAUCUUGAAAAGUACUACGAUUUGAGUUACGUCAUCGUUUCUUUGGUGUUCCUAUCGCCUCUGGGCGGUUAUGUCGGCGCUGCAUUGCUCAAUAACUGGAUUCAUGUUCGAUUCGGUCAACGCGGAGUAGCCUUCCUAGGACCCUUCUGCCAUCUGGCAGCAUAUGUUGCAAUCUCUCUGCAUCCUCACUAUCCCGUUCUUGUGGUCAUCUUCAUCAUUGCGGGUUUUGGCAAUGGUAUCGAAGAUGCAGCCUGGAACGCCUGGGCUGGUAACAUGGCCAAUGCAAACGAAGUGUUAGGAUUUCUUCAUGGUUGCUACGGCCUUGGAGCAGUGCUGAGUCCACUUGCAGCAACAACUCUAAUGACUAAGAGCGGCUGGAUGUGGUAUGAAUUCUACUACAUUAUGAUUGGUGGUGCCGCGAUUGAACUUGCAACAUCUAUGACCGCUUUCUGGCCAAUGUCAGGCCAAACAUACAGAGAAGCAAACCCUCGUAUCAACGCCGCUUCCGAAAGCCGCCUCAGAGAAGCACUCAGAAGUCGGGUUACCUGGGUGUCUUCGAUCUUUCUUCUCGGCUACGUGGGAGCUGAGGUCGCACUGGGAGGCUGGAUUGUUACCUUUAUGCGCCGAGAACGUGGCGGUGGUGACUUUGAAUCUGGUAUGGUAGCGACAGGUUUCUGGACAGGUAUCACAGUCGGUCGACUUGUGCUUGGGUUCGUCACACCUAGACUUGGAGAGAAGUUUGCGGUUCUUACGUACAUCAUCUUCGCUAUGGUCUGCCAACUCAUGUUUUGGCUUGUUCCUUCUUUUCAUGUCUCGGCUAUCUUCGUUGCACUCCAGGGAUUCUUUCUUGGCCCAUUGUUUCCCGCCAUCAUAGUGGCGGCCACCAAGGUAUUACCCGCAUACCUUCAUGUUUCGGCGAUCGGCUUCGCAGCAGCGUUUGGCGGUGGAGGCGGAGCGAUUCUGCCCUUUGCCAUUGGUUCACUGGCGCAAGCAAAAGGAGUCGCCGUAUUACAGCCAAUUAUCUUGGCUGUUCUUGUCGUUCUUCUUCUUCUCUGGUUUUGCUUUCCGAAGCUCGACAAGAGGAUCGUCGGCGAGAUUCCGGCCGGACCCGUGAGCAAAACGAACAGGUGGCUCAACAUCGACUUUGAUCUUGUCGAGACUGGAAAGCGAACCAUCCGCAAAGCCCGUGGAAUGUGA